AUGUGCGAGUCAAAGGAAAAAACCUUUUUCAAGUUAAUGCAUGGUUCAGCCAAGGAAGAAGCAAGCAAAGAAGCCAAAAUCAGAGCGAAGGAGAAGAGGAACCGGCUAAGCCUUCUCCUGCAGAAAUCCGAGUUUCACGAGGAGCCGAAGGCCAGGAGGUCUGCGCUCUUGACUGGAGUAACCAGAGUCUGCCCGGAAGAAGCAAUGCGAUGGGGUGAAUCAUUUGAUAAACUGCUUUCCCAUAAAGAUGGACUGGAGACUUUUACCCAGUUUCUUAGAACCGAAUUCAGCGAGGAAAACAUUGAAUUCUGGAUGGCCUGCGAAGACUUCAAGAAAAGCAAGGACCCCCAACAAAUGAUCUUGAAAGCAAAAGCAAUAUAUGAGAAGUUUAUCCAGAACGAUGCCCCACAAGAGGUUAACCUUGAUUUUCACACCAAAGAACUCAUCAUGAAGAGCAUCACCCAGCCCACCCUGCACAGUUUUGACGCUGCUCAGAGCAGAGUGUAUCAGCUGAUGGAACAAGACAGCUACACGCGGUUCCUGAAGUCUGACAUGUAUGCCAACUUGACAGAAGGAAGACCUCAGAGACCCUCCAAUCUGAGAAGGCGGUCUCGUUCCUUCACCUACAACGAAUUCAAGGACGUGAAGUCAGAUGUUUCCAUUUGGUUUUAA